AUUAUUUCCCAGCAUGCAUCAAAUUUCCAAUAUGUCUGCCGUUGAAAAAACCUAAAUUUUGAAGGAUUUAUAUCAUAUUUUACCUUUAUCCAUGGAGAAUAUCGACGAUAGUGGAAUCGAUAGUGAUGCUAGGUCUACUAUGAAUGGAAAUGAGACAGAAAGUGGAAAGCAGCCACUUACAACAGUCAGUGACAAUGAAGUGCGGGUGGAAAUCAAGUCUGGUGCUAACACAACAAUCUCUAGUACAACAUCUGGUAACACAGCUGCAGUACGCAAACCUUCCGAUUUACAAAAGAAACUUGAGAGACAAAGGGAAGCUGUUAUUAAAAAGUUAGCUGUUGACCAGCAGCCCAAGAAGAAAAAUAUGCCACAAAGAAACAGAUUGAUAGUGCCGAAUAGUAAAGCCUCAAUUGGCAUCAGCACCCCGGAUGAGAGACAGCUGCUUGUUGCCAUAGAUACAGAUGAAAGUGAGGAUGAAUUCGCAACAGCAUUAUCAAAGGCAACUCAGCGUGAAAUCACCGAACAGUUGAUCAAGGAUGGAUAUAACCUUGACUUAGAAUCAGACAAUGAAGAUCUAGAUCUCAUCCCACCUCGCCCAGUCAGUGAUAGAUGUGUGUGUUGUAACCCCCAGUUCCAGUCAUGUACUAUACAAUAGCAGUGCCUUUUGAGUCACAAUGGGGGAGGAGUGUACAGGGAGAUUGUGUAAUAAAGGGGGGGGUUGAUCUUUCUGACCAUGUGAUCCAUUUAGUACAAUGGAAGCUAUUGUCAGGAAGGUCAUGUUCUGCUUGUUGGUAGCAGCUGGUGUGGAGAAUUUACAAAAACCAACAGUCUUACAUACAAAUACAAAUGAGUAAAGCACAGCAGCUUGAACAGUUAAGUGAAACCCACAUGUUUUAUGUACUGGUAGUAUUAUUAUAGGUUGUUUGUACUUGUAUGAGGGACUGUUUGCAACAAAUUGUAUG